UACAACAUCGCGCCGCAUGAAACUAAGGUCGCAAAAGGUCUAUAAAAACCCAAUCCAGUUUAAGGGUUUUAUGAAACUAGACCAGAAAGUGUUGCAGUAAGAGAUUUUGCGGUAGCUGUUUAAUCGGAGCAAAUCCUCUGUGUAAAGAAGAAAUGGCUGCGGAGGGCGAGAAUGGGUCGGAACAGGUGAGCAGUAGCCCCGGGGCAAAGACGGCAGGGCAGAAGCGUGGUCGUGAGGCAGAGGGCGGGGACGCCCCUGCUGAAAAGAGAUGGCCCGGCUGGCCUGGUGAGACAGUUUUCAGGCUCAUUGUUCCUGUGCAGAAGGCAGGUGCUAUCAUUGGCCGCAAGGGCGAGCUCGUCAAGAAAAUGUGUGAGGACACCAGGGCCCGCAUUAAGAUCCUCGAUGGCGUCCAGGGAACCACUGAUCGAGUUGUUCUGAUUACUGGAAGAGAGGAACCUGAUGCAGCAAUAUCUCCUGCCAUGGAUGGCAUUCUUAGAGUCCAUAAGCGUGUGGCAGGGCUUCAGGAAGCUGAAGGUGACAGUGCAAAUGCUCAAGCAGCAAGCUCUGCAGCAAUUUUAACUCGACUUCUGGUUGCAUCAUCACAAGCUGGAAGCUUAAUUGGCAAACAAGGUUCCCAAAUCAAAUCCAUUCAAGAUGGGUCUGGUGCUAAUGUGCGUGUCAUUCCUGCAGAUGACCUGUCAUUUUGUGCUUUGCCUGAUGACCGAAUUGUAGAAAUUCAAGGUGAAGCAGCUAAGGUGCAAAAGGCACUGGAGAUGGUGGUUGGCCAUCUUCGCAAGUAUUUGGUUGAUCGCAGUAUUCUUCCAUUGUUUGAACAAAAUCCCCACACAGCAAAUGGUGCACAGGAUUUGGCUCCUGGGACAUGGGGAAAGGUGGCUGCACCACCUCUAUCCAGUGCUACUCAUUCGGGACUAGGUACAAGUUUCACUUCAGCAUUCAAAGCUGAUUCACUCUAUCCUACACGUGAUACACAAAUCGAAUCACAAGCUCAUCACCGUGGAUUAUCCUUGUAUGGAAAAGAUCCAGGACCUGUAGGGCUAAGAUCUUCUCUAUCUGCACCUACAGCAGCACCAGUGAUUACUCAGGUGAUACAAAAGAUGCAGAUUCCUCUGUCGUAUGCAGAUGAUGUAAUUGGAGUGGAAGGAACAAAUAUUGGUUAUAUGCGUCGAGCUAGUGGAGCUACAAUUACAAUUCAGGAAACAAGGGGUGUGCCCAAUGAGAUCACUGUAGAAAUCAAGGGGAGCACUACUGAGGUUCAAACAGCUCAACAACUUAUACAGAAUUUCAUGGCUGGAGGAGGACAUAAGAAAAUUACUCACAGCAGUGUUGAUUCUGGUUACGGUUCCUAUGGUCAAAGCUUAAGUUCACUGUAUCCCUCGUCAUCUUUGAGCAGCCAUUCUCUUGGUGGAUAUGGAUCUUCCUAUGGUACAGGAUAUGGGUAUUGAGAGGUAGAUGUACAUUUACUCAACGAUUUCCGUUACUGUCAGCACAUUAGUUUUUGUAAUACUUGGAGAGCAAACUUUGUAGAGUAGUAAAUAUUGCUUCUAAUAUUUUGAUAUGGCAAAAGUAGUUUUAGGAAACAGGAGAAAGAGAGAUAUCAUGUAAUAACUCCAAUAUUAAUUUAUAACCUAUGGCAUUUCGGCAAGAACUAAAGAUGCCUGAUAGGUGGAUUUAAGUCCAUACAUAGGUCAGGGUAUGGUUAUAUCUGUGAUUCACUUCCAACUUUGACCAAAAUGUUUUCCAUUUUUUCUUAUCAAAUUCUGUAAUCAGUAAUUGCAUUAAGUGAUAGUGCAUUUUGAAUUUACACAAGUUUUCAGGAUA